UGGUGAGGCAGGGUGGUACCUGGUGCAUUCAGUUGAAGUCUGCUUUUCAAUGUGACUGAAGUCCAGAAGUGGAGUGUUUUCCUUCUGAAAGCUCUCUGGACCCCAAAAAGAGCGACCCAGCAGCAGCAGCAGGCUCCCAGGACUCUGGUUUCACUCAACAGUUGUCAGCAACUUACUUUGAAGAUGGACAGUUUCAGUUUAUGCGCCAGCAUACAUAUCUAAGCUCAGUCUGUUGUGUCACAAACAACUCUGAAGUUCAGGCAGCAGGCUGCCCUUUUCUGUUGGUUGAGAAGCAACAAGAGCUUUACUGAGGAAGUAUGCCGAGCAACAAGCACAGCCACCCGUCACACCAGCCGAGUGGUAGCAAACACCACAGCAGCAGACACAGGCACAGUGAGCUCAUGUCCAACCCAGCCUUUUCCUACUAUCCAGGAGAAAAGAUGCUUCACUUCUAUCGCUGGACAUCGCCACCGGGUGUGAUGAAGAUAUUAUGCAUCAUCAUCAUCGUCAUGUGUGUGGCUGUGUUUGCGUGUGUUGCCUCCACCCUGGCUUGGGACUACGAUAUGAGCCUCUUGGGUCUGGGAGGUGGAACCGGCUUGUUGCCAGGUGGCUCAUAUGGCGGCUCAUUUGGUGGCUCAUAUGGCGGCUCGUAUGGCGGCUCAUUUGGUGGCUCGUAUGGCGGUGGUGUAGGCAGCAGUGGUUCCUAUGGCUAUGGAACACAAAUGGAUCCCAAAGCUGGCAAAGGCUUUAUUAUUGCCAUAGCUGCCAUUACCUUCAUAGCUGUGCUCAUCAUAUUUGUCUUGGUUGUGUCCAGGCAAAAUGCUGCCCGCUCAUCAAAGUUCUACCUAGCAACCAUCAUUAUCUGCGCUAUCUUGGCAUUUCUGAUGAUCAUUGCCACUAUUGUGUAUCUGGUGGCUGUGAACCCAACAGCCCAGUCCACAGGAUCUGUCUAUUACAACCAAGUCCGCCAGCUGUGUGCCCAGUACCAGACUCAGACCCAGGCCCAGGGCAUCUUCCUCAACCAGUACCUCUACCAUUACUGUGUGGUGGAGCCCCAAGAGGCCAUAGCUAUCGUACUGGGCUUUUUGGUGUUUGUUGCCCUCAUCAUCCUGCUGGUGUUUGCAGUCAAGACUCGCUCAAAGAUCAGGCGCUGGGGCGAGGACCGCAUUCUCUGGGAGGAAGUAAAGGUGGUCAAUACUGGUCUCCACAACAGUAUUGGGGAAUGGGUAAACAAUGUGUCUGGCGGACCAGAGGUGCUUGUUAGUGACCACAAUGAUAAAGUUGGGAAGUCUAGGGACUAUUUGGACCAGCUGGACCACAGCAAACCCCUUUACCUACCAGGAGACUCAGACAUCAGCAGCUCUGUUGGAGGCCUGAAACUCCAGCUAAAGGACUAUGAUACUGGUAUGGAAUCAGGAGAUGACCUGGAAGAGGAGGACUUCAGUGUCUUGUUUCCUUCCAUUGUGGAUGAGCAAGAGCGUCUGAGCUACAAACAGGAGUUUGACCGGGAUCACCAUGAGUACAAAGGCCUGCAGGCUGAACUGGACAGCUUUAACCAGGAGUUAGCUGACAUGGACAGAGAGCUAGACCGACACCCUGAGGGCAGUCCACAGUUUCUGGAUGUCAUGAAUGAAUACACCAGGCUGAAGAAUCUAAAGAAGUCAUCAAACUACCAGAUUAAGAAGAAGAGGUGUAAACAUCUCAGGUCCAAACUGUCACACAUCAAGAGAAAGAUCAUUGAAUAUGACCGCCGACCUUGAACCUUCACCUGCGACCCCGUUCAUGCAGAGAACAGCACAAAUCUGCAGUUUCCCACCCAGCUGUUUUUAUUGUGUGAGUUUAUCACUAAAGUAUUUGUGAUUACUAUGGUGGUAGCCCCUUGCCAUUUAUUGCUUCUUUUUUUUUUAAAAAUCAGCUGAUCUGGAUUUUCCACAAGGAAAGGGGUGAAUAAAAUGUGCAUUUUUUUUAAUGAUUGUCUUUGACCAACUCUGAUACCUCUCUUAGCUACACAAAGGACUAUUUUUAAUAACAAUGAAUAUGUAUAAAAUGCAUUGUUUUUUUUUGUUUGUUUUAAGAAGGAGAUGUAAUGUGAGAGGUUUUCAUAGUGUCUUUUAUAGCUUUAAAAAUAGACCAAAACAAGUUUGGCAGUUUCAUGUAAAAUGAAGGCACAGCUAAGAUGAGACAUGAAUGUGUUGGCAUCCUAAGGUGACUCCCCUUCCAAUGUAAAAAUAAUGUUUAUUUGUAACUUUAAAAUUAUUGUGGUCAAGCCUUUCUGUACUUUUCUGCUACUUUCCAUAAAAUUGUGUAACUAUUACGGUGUUUUCUCAUGGUGGAUAUUUAAGGAAAAACCUACAUGUAACUAAGUCAUUGAUGCUCCGUGUGCUAGUAAAUUUUGUCUAUAACUGUCAUUUCCUGUAAAUAAUUUCAUUUCCACAUUAUUCAAAGGCAAAAUAAACAAUCAUACCACUUU